AAAAUCAUAAACGAGACAACUAACUUUCCUGGCAAAACUAACUGAGCUGAGUGCCAGACUUUGUGCUGAAACUGAAAGAGAGAGGAGAAUGGAUCUGAGCACUGAGCAAGCUCUAGCACUGCUACUGAUCCUGAACAGUGCUCACCUCACAGCAGCAGAUUGUUCUACACAAGGUCAUGACGAUGUCACUGGCUCAGCUGGGGGAAGAACUGUGCUGCCCUGUUAUUACACCCUCAUCACUGGGCAGUAUGUAAAAGUCAAUUGGUAUGCAUAUCGCGAUCGGGGGAAUGCAGAUCUAUUAAUCGACUCAAAGACCCCCUCAGCACACAUCCCUGUGCAGUGGAGUGGCCGAGUGAAGCUGUCUGAUGAAGUCUCCACUGGAAACGCCUCUCUGCUAAUCUCUGGGCUCAGACUGGAGGAUGCUCGGGAUUACACAUGUUCAGUGUGGGUCAAUCAGGAAUGCAUCACUUACCAGAAUGUUAGACUGACAAUUCAAGGACCUCCAAAGACAGAUUCACCCACUGCACAAUCAACCCCUGAAGCUUUCCAGUCCAGUAUUCCCGCUAUCCUUGCCGCAGUACUCGUCUCUGCUGCCAUUGGCAUCAUAGGUGCUGCAAUCUUUGUCAUUUUAAAGUACAAAAGAAGAGCAGCGAAUGCUAAUUCGAAUAACCAGAAUGCUAGAGAUCAGAAUGUGAGCACAGACAUGGUCACCUACGCUAUAAUCGAUCACACGAGACAGCCAGGAGGAGCCCCAGACUGGUCAAGGUUCAGUGCUGUGGGAAAAACGGAGUACGCCACUGUCCUGAUCCACUGAUAGGACACUUCUCACACAGCCACCAGGGAUACAAGAUGAACCAAGGACUGUUUAGUUUUCUUUUGUGGUUUUGUAAAUAAAAUGUGCUUUGUCAAGGUGAGUGGGUCCACGUGAAAGAGGAGCUGUAUAGUUUUGUUUCUGUUUGUUGCGAUUAGUAACUGUGACUCACAAACCACCUGCAUAUUAAUAGAACAGGUGUGCUUUCUAUUCCUGUACUGAUGCUCACAAUAAGCUGGAGGGGUUAGCGACACAUGUGGGCAUUCUAUUGCUCCCAACACAUUGGGGAAACUAGAAAUGUCAUAGAAAUGUAUUAUCAAGGCUUGUACGUACACCAUGCUUUUAGAAAAAAAUUGGUAUUUGCCUAAAAAAUGCAAUGAGCAUAACUGGCAACGCUCAAGAAAAAACAGACUAGGUAAUGCCAGCAACAGCUGCCACAGCCCCCGGAAAGGACACAGAGCCAAGAUAAUGCAGGGUGGACAAUAGUUUGACCACUGCAGGGAUAGCAUGGCAUCUCUGGGGGACAGGCUCCAUGUCAUCUUUUAAAUCAGACAGCAGCUGAAGAAUUGUGUGGCUGCCAAGCCUGUCCCUGUACUUAAUUUGGUCUUCAUUUAAAUCAAAGAGGGUGAUGUGGGUACGAAAUGCCCUUUCUCUUAUCCUACAAAUCACUCGUUCUUACUGAAGACAAUGUUUCCUUUUUGCUGCAAUCACGUUCACCAUGGUUAGGGGAUAGUUUUUUGUUAAUUGCGACUGUGUAAAACAUGCUUUCAAAAGUUCUCAACAAAUUGAUGCAAUUGUUUGUGUUGCAAUUGCCGUCAGCUUUAGUACAU